CUUACCUUACCUUACCAAACGGACGAGAAGGAGAAGAAGAGAAAUAUUACUACUAGUACGCCAUCGUUCGUUUCCUCUCUCUCCUCUCUCGUCUCCUUUACUUUCUCUUUCUUCAUUCCUUGCUUCUUCUCACGCCCAAUCCAUCACAAGAAGGAAAAGAAAAAAGGAAAAAGAAAAAGCAUUCGAUCAACUUCCAACGAUUUAUGUUUAUUUUUUAUAGAUAAAAAUUAUAUCGUUUUGGUGAAGAUGAUGGUGGCAAAUAAUAGCUUUGAUUUAUGGAAAAAUGAUUCCUUUUUUUCUGCAGCUGAGGAGGUUCAAGAAUCAACUGAUGUAAUGGAAUCAGCAUACAGAUUGUGGAUAAGAGAAAGGAGAGAAGGCCUAAAACAAGAGGAUUUAGAUGAACUCUGUAGGGAGCUCCAAACGGCUUUAGGUACUGCUAAAUGGCAGUUGGAAGAAUUUGAAAGGGCUGUCAGGUUGAGUUACAGCCAUCGUUGCAAUGAUAAUGCAUCAGCUAGGCAUAGACAAUUCAUUGCUGCCAUUGAGAACCAAAUUUCGCAUGUGGAAGCAGCAUUAAGAGAAUAUUUUAGUGAGGAAGGAAAGCAACCCCUUCGAUGGAUAAACUUGGAUGAAGAAGAACGCGAUGAUUUAGCCAUGUUUCUCUCUGGAAAUUCCCCAACCUCGUCUUCUGUGAAAGAUGAAUGCAACAGUUCCAGAUCUCUCGUGAAAAACUCACAUUUGGAGAACAGCCACCACAGAAGAGAUGCAGGACUAAACUUUAAUGCUAUCUGCCCUGGAGAAAAUUCUGAUGAAUUAGUAGUUAUAAAAGAUGCUGGCAGUAUCAAUAAAAAUAGUGAGUGUGUCAUAGAAGUAAAAGAUGAUUCUCCUGGAACAAGCAAUGACAUAAUCUAUAAAGCAGAUAGAGGAACUGGUGCUAGGAGAACGUGGAGUUCGCCAAAUUUCAGUGCAUUGAAGAUUGUAAUUGCUGAUGAAGGUGGAGAAAAUAACAAAUUAAUGCAAUGCGUGGAGUCUACACCUAAGGAAAAAGGUUUCAAACCUGUUUUUUGGAAGCAGAGUUGUGUGGAACAUCCACAGGCAAGGGGAGUCGUUAAUGUGUUCAAUCAGCUCUUUGGUGGGGUUCAAAGACAGCGGCAAAAUCCUGUGCUUCUUCCAUUUAAUCGCUCUGUUCGACUUAUGCUUGUGUUGAUGCUAACAGUUUUCUUGAUUGUGCCAUUUGUACUUUAUUCAACAUGAGAACAAGUGGUAGUUUACUGCUCAUGAUCAAGGAUUCAAGAUCAGAGGAAAUGGAGCUAUUCAUGAAACCGGAAAUGCCUUCAGGCAGAGGAUGCUUGUAAUUCCACAAAGUUGUCCAGUCCUUUUAUAGUUCUGGAAGUAGCCUAAAACUCCUCAUCGAAACACACAUACAACUAGAAACAGGGGUUAGGUUUUCAUUUUAGAUGUGUUUGCCAUAGAAGCUGCAAAUUGAUUCAUAUAGUUGUAAACAUAUCGUUCGAAGAUGAAUUGAGUGCUGAGAAUCCCAUUUGAAUUGAGUGCUGACAAUCCCAUUUGAAUUUAGCUUCAAACUGAACAUAGAUGAGUUAUAGAAGGAUUGUCAAUCAUGCAUAUGGGCCAAAACCAUGACUUCCUAUGUAUUAUUUGUAUCCUUGUGUAAUUUGAAAAAGUGUCCUCUCUUUAUAUUUGGUUGCAGUUA